AUGGCGGGCGUCGGCGACGCGGCUGCCGCGGGAGAAGGCGGCGCGGGCGUCCAGGAGCGGGACGGCCGCGGCGAGGCAGAGCAGCCGGGCCGCGGUGGCGGCGGGCACGGGUCCCCGCCGGCGCCUCAGCACACGGAGACGCUGGGCUUCUACGAGAGCGACCGGCGCCGGGAGAGGCGCCGCGGCCGCGCAGAGCUUUCAUUGUUGAGGUUCCUCAGUGCUGAACUAACAAGAGGGUACUUCCUCGAACAUAAUGAGGCCAAGUACACAGAAAGAAGAGAAAGAGUGUACACUUGUAUGCGAAUACCAAGAGAACUGGAAAAGCUGAUGUUUUUUGGAAUCUUCCUGUGCCUGGAUGCGUUUCUGUAUGUGUUCACUCUGCUUCCCUUAAGAGUUUUUCUGGCACUAUUCAGGCUUCUCACCCUGCCUUGUUAUGGCUUAAGGGACAGACGUAUGCUUCAGCCUGCCCAGGUGUGUGACAUUUUGAAGGGUGUCAUUUUGGUAAUCUCCUACUUCAUGAUGCACUACGUUGACUACUCCAUGAUGUACCACCUGAUAAGGGGACAGUCUGUCAUCAAGCUGUACAUCAUCUACAAUAUGCUCGAGGUAGCCGAUCGUCUGUUUUCGUCAUUUGGACAGGAUAUAUUAGAUGCGCUCUACUGGACAGCAACCGAGCCUAAAGAAAGGAAGAGAGCCCACAUCGGGGUGAUUCCUCACUUCUUCAUGGCAGUUCUCUAUGUGUUUUUGCAUGCAAUUCUCAUAAUGGUUCAAGCAACAACUCUCAACGUAGCGUUUAACUCGCACAACAAGUCACUGCUUACUAUCAUGAUGUCUAAUAAUUUUGUUGAAAUUAAAGGAAGUGUUUUCAAGAAGUUUGAAAAGAACAAUCUCUUUCAAAUGUCAAAUAGUGAUAUUAAGGAAAGAUUCACAAAUUAUGUGCUUUUGCUAAUAGUGUGCUUAAGAAACAUGGAACAAUUUUCUUGGAAUCCAGAUCAUCUCUGGGUGUUGUUUCCAGAUGUCUGUAUGGUGGUUGCAUCAGAAAUCGCUGUGGAUAUUGUAAAGCAUGCAUUCAUCACCAAAUUCAAUGACAUUACUGCAGAUGUCUACAGUGAAUAUAGAGCCAGCCUUGCUUUUGAUCUUGUUAGCAGCCGACAGAAAAAUGCGUAUACUGAUUACAGCGACUCUGUGGCUCGGAGGAUGGGCUUCAUUCCCCUCCCACUGGCUGUUUUACUCAUCAGAGUUGUAACAAGCUCAAUUAAAGUGCAAGGAAUCCUGUCCUAUGCCUGUGUCACACUCUUCUAUUUUGGGUUGAUAUCCCUGAAAAUACUUAAUAGCAUUGUGCUCUUGGGGAAGUCAUGCCAAUAUGUGAAGGAAGCCAAAAUGGAAGAAAAGCUAUUUAAUCCUCCCCCAACCAGCACUCCAGGCAAACCGUCCAGCCAAUCGCAGAGCAAAUGUAAAUCCUCACAAGGCCUUUCCACAGAAGAAAACCUGUCUGCAUCAGUCACCAGCCAGCCUGUUCAUCAGAAGGAAAAUGUCACGCCACUACUAGUGACUAGCAACUCUGAUCAGUUUCUGACAACUCCGGAUGGUGAUGAGAAGGACAUAACGCAGGAAAACCCUGAACUAAAACACAGAUCCUCAAAGAAAGAUUUGUUAGAAAUAGACAGGUUCACAAUUUGUGGAAACCGAAUUGACUGAAGCCUGUGGCUUGUGGGCCAAGGCUGCUUUGCCCUGGGGCAGCGUAUGUGUGCUGCCAGGACGGACAGAUGCUGAAAGUGACACUUAAAUAUUUAUUUAAAAACUUAAAUUAUUAAUGGCAAGCAAAUCUUAGUCUCUUUCUUCCAGUUGUGUGGUCUGGCUGAAGGUCAGAUCACCGAGCAGCAGUGACCUUGGCCUUGACUCUGGAGAGCGUGGUGCUGUCAGACCGCGUGCUCCCACGUGUCCAGGCGGCGGCAGCAGCGCUUCCAGACAGGGCAGGAAGCACCAAGAGCUCCUCUGCUUUGUCAGCCUGGGCCUCCAGAACGACACGUUUUGCCUCAAGGCCUCAUCAGUAGGAUAUACCUGGGAAACUGUGAAGCUUUUACCAUGAAUUACCUUUCCACUCAUACUGUUUUCACAAGCAGUUUUCAAACUUUACUUCAUCUGCCAAAGCAUUCAAAAAUGUUCUUACCACCAGAAUAAUCCUUGAAGAUAUAUCUGAAUCAGAAUAAAAGACUACCUUAAACAUGAGAUGAUGAAUAGUAGCAUUUUAUAGAAAACAAACAAAAAAGCCCUAAGCCAGUUCAUUUAUUUAAAAGAAAAAAAAAGGUUAUUCAUCACUGAGAAAAAUAUUUCAUUUUUUCAGUUUACUUUUUAAAGCAAAAUGUAAGCUGUGUGAUAUUUAAUUGCAGUGGAUAAAAUUGGAAUUUCCUUACAGAAAGGAAUUUUAUAACUGACAGAACAGAACAGUGUUAACUUUAAGGUAUAGUUAACUGGAUUUGCUUUAAAAUUAAUUACUUCAUCAGUUAUUUACAGCUAAAGGAUUAGGUGUUGCAUAGGCUGAGAAAUUAUCAGUGUAAAAAAUUCAAAACUGUCAACUUUAACUGGAUUUUUAAAGUAACUGUCAAAUAUUCCAAGUGGAUUGGGCACCAUCAUCUUGCUUGGGCUCACACGUUCUUCCUCUUUCUCCAGACAUCGGAGGGGUGCCUGUCCCCAGGGAGGUCCGAGUGCUGUGUGGGAGGGACAGCGGCAGACCUAUGUGGGAAAGGCCCUUGUGUGGAGUAGGGUGUUCACAGUGUGAGGUUUCCGUCUGGGUGUCCGGAGGCAUUUGAGUGUAGAUGUUCAGAACAGCAGCCACAGGGUGCUUUGUGGUUUUGUUUGAGAUCAAGUUUCCAUUUCUGCUUUGGCACUGCAUCAUAGGACAAGGUAUUUCCACCCCAUUUUAUCCUGGGAAUCCUUUCUGCGUUUCUGUAAAAAUGUUACCCCUCCUGGUUUCAGAACUGUCCAGCUGGUGGUACUGUUAACUUUGUUUCCUUUGCUGUUUUGACUGCAUGUCAAGCCUCAUGCAAAAGUUACAGGCUUCUCUAUGCAGAAGACAAAUUUUAGGUGUUGUCUGUGUGCUGGGGAAAUAUCAACCAGGCUUAAUGCUUUGGCUUGUUCAUUUGGAAUAUGAAAGUGGAUUUUAAUAUUUUGCACUAACUAAGGAAAUCGGAAGAUUGAUGUCAAAGAGAUUAUACAGACAUGCCUUGUGAAACCAGGAAAUAUUUUUGAGUUAAAAAGUAACAUUUCAAUUGCUUUAUAUAUGUUUCGUUGCCCCCUCCCCCCAUUUUAAAACUACUCAUUUUCCCCAUCUCCUUUUCACCAGCAAAAGGAACGAUGUUCCUGGUGAGUAGGAACAGUUUGGAGAAAGUUGCCAGACACAGCCCUGCUCAGUGCAAGAACAUGGUUUGGGUAUCUUUCAGUUCCGCUUGAAUUAUCCUGUUACUGUGCUGUCAUUUUCAGAAGAUGUUCAUUUCCUUUGAAGAUGCUGUCGGGGGUGUGGGGUGAUGCUCAUUUCUUCUGUCAUAAUGGCAUUCAGUACUAAUUUUAUAAGUGCAUCUUGUGUGAAACUCAAUAAAUUCAAUUUUGUAAUCUUUUUUAAAAA